UUGCUCCUCUUUCUUUACCUAGACUUAUUUUCUGUGCUUCAGAAAAAGUAGAGUAUUCCCUGAUAUUCAGACUAAACCUUGGUGUUGGUGCUUAUCACCUCUGGUCCUGGCACUGGGCACUGUUGAACAGAGCCUGACUGUGUUCUUUGCACGCUCCAUUCAGGCACUUAGAGACAUCGAUGAGAUUCUCCCUGAGCCUCCUCCAGGCUGAGCAGCCCCAGCUCCCCAUUUUUUUCUCACAGGCGAAGCACUCCAUUGACCAUCUUGUUGGCCCUACACUGGACUUUUUCCAGUAGCUCCAUGCCUCUCUUGUACUGGGGAGCCCAGGAUUGGGCUCAGUGUGAGCUGGUUACUGCUGAGCAGAGGGGAAGAAUCACCUCCCUCAACCUGCUGCCAAUGUUUUGCCUAAUAUAGCCCAGAAUAUCAUGAGCCUUUUUCACAGCAUGGGCACGCUGUGGGCUCGUUUUGCCCUUGGUAUCCACCAGGACUCCCAGGGCCCUUCCUGCCAAGCUGCUUUACAGCUGGGUGCCUGGGGCUGCUCCCCAGGGGCAGGACUUUGCAGUUCCACUGGCUGAGCUGCAGUGAGGUUGCUGUCAGCCCAUUUUUGCAGCUGUCAGGGUCUCUCUGGAUGGCAGCAGAACCCUCGGGUGUGUCUGCCCCUCCUGCCCAUAACAUCAGCAAACUGAGGGUGCAGUAUACCCCAUCAUUUGGAUCCUUAGUGAUGAUGUUAAGCAGGAGUGGACCCACUGUUGACUCCUGGGAUACGUUAUUCGUUACUGACCUCCAGCUGGAUCUUGCACAGCUGUUUGCCUCUGGACAUAACUCAGCUCAUCCAGCCCAUGCCUCGUCAGUUUCCCUGUCAGGAUCUUAACGGGAGAUGGUGCUUAAAAUCCUGAAGUCAGAGUUAAAACAUCUACUGCUUUCCUCUUGUCUGCCAAGCCAGUUAUUUCUUCAUAGAAGUUGGUCGUGUGACUUCCUCUUGCAAAUUUAAAAUAAAUAAAUAAAUAAACCCAAAGGCCUGAUACUAUGAUCUGGUCACAACCCACACAAACCCAUGCAGUGUGGCAACCACCAAACAGCCCUUUAUUUCCGGAAGUACUCAAGUUGAUCACUGGGAUUUGUAUCCUGUUAAAAAAAGUAGCUUUGCAGAGACGGGGUAGCAAAACACCAGUGUGUAAAGAAUUUUAUGUGUGGCAAUGGGGACUACAUCGAUGAAAAGAUUUUUUUUUUUUUGGUUUCAAACAUGAAAUGAAGCAGUAGUCUUGGCUACCAAGGUGGUUAGAAAAUUUUCUUUGGAUAGCUUAAGCAAAGUUGGCGUUGGUAGUUUAGAUUCUUUUACAAUUUUGACCUGUUUCUGCUGUGAGUUCACUGCCUCUGGGUCGCUUAACUCAGAACUGUACAUUUACAUCUCAUCUUGUAGACUGAAAGCAAAGGCAGGCAAAACCUGAAAAUGCAUUGAGUGGAUCGGUUGGGUUUGUUAGGGUGGGUUUUCGCUGGUUUCUUGGUUGUGGUUGUUUUUUUUUGUUUUUGUUUUUUUAGUACUUAGGUUUAAAAAAAGAACCUGUGAAGACCGAGUGCAGCAUGCGGAGUCAUCACUUCUGAGUCCUGCUUUACUAUUUCUUCCAGCAGUUCAGUCAGUAUAUGGUAACUCUGACAGCUUCUGACCAUCUUAAUGAUGAAAACAGAAGCUAAGGACGGAGAGGAGGAAAGCCUGCAGACGGCAUUCAAAAAGCUGAGAGUCGAUGCAGCUGGCUCUACUGCUUCUCUUUCUAUUGGUGAAGGGACAAGCCCAAGAGCACUAGUUAGAACAGCAGCAGAUGAAACCAAACCUAAGAAUGCUUGUACUUCUAAGGAAACCUGGCAUGGAUCUGUGAAGAAACCUUCAAGAGGAGCUGUGAGAACUCAGCGUCGCAGGCGUUCCAAGUCCCCAAUUCUUCAUCCUCCAAAAUUUAUCCACUGCAGUGCAAAAUCACAAUCCACAUGCAGCCAACUAGUGCACAAGGGCCAGAUUGAUGCCCCAGCUGAUAGCACUGGGUUUGGAAUGCCAGUCCCAAAGGAAGCUUGUGCACACGAACGAUGCAGUGUUGCCUCAGACAUUGGCCAGAAAAGAGAUGGUGUUGGUUCUUUGGGAGCUUCUGUUGCACAGUCCACAUCAGCAGACACACAAGAAAAUUGUCCUGCUGCCAUUUCUCUAGCAUCCAAGGCAAGCCUAAAGACUGCAGAGCUCUCUGACUUCCGAUCUGUGUCCAAGCUGAACAAGAAUAAGCCAUGUGCCUGCGUAGAUAAAGCCUGUCAGUGUAAACUAUGGCAAGAUAUGGAGGUGUAUAAGUUCUCUGGCUUGCAGAACGCUUUCACGUUGGCAUCUGAUAGAAGAACAGUUGCUGAGGAUCACUCCCAGCCUUUGCCAUCGAGAACUCCAUCAAGUUCCCCACGCUCUUGCUCUGAACAAGCCAGAGCCUUUGUGGAUGAUGUGACUAUUGAAGAUCUUUCAGGAUACAUGGAAUAUUACUUGUAUAUUCCAAAGAAAAUGUCUCACAUGGCAGAAAUGAUGUACACCUGAAAAGAAGGACCGCUAAAAACAGAAGGGUGGGGGGUUUAAAUGUGUCCUUAGUCACAGUCGUGUGAGAUGGAGCCCGAUCGUUGCUCACUGUGCUUGCAAUAAAAACCUUUCUUCGCAUCUUA